AUGGACGCCCACAACCAUCGCACGGCAGAGCAGCAGGAGCAGGAGCAGGAGCAGCAUUCCUCUUCCAUGCAGCAAUCCAACACCCAUACAAUCCAGUCCACCACGCAUUCGAGCUAUACCACCACCACGGAGGGUAUCGCCAACUAUACCUCGGAGACAUCCAACCACCAUGCCCACCACCAUGCCCUCGAGGAAGCCAGCCAUGCGGCGGCCGAUGAAUCCGCAACCCAGGACGCCGAGGAAAUCAUCAAUCAGACCGAAGCCCCGAUGAAUCCCGUCUCGACCAGCUCGUCGACUGCUACUUCCCAGGACAGUAUUGAGGGCCGCUGGGGCGAGCAGAAGGCCGGGGAGCCCGUCUCUCGCCGCGGCGCCAUGGAGGAUCUCGAGGAUAUGCGUCGCGAAUUGACCCGCCUCAGCUUGCAUCGCACUCGUUCCACGACAGCCAAGAGUGUGCGCCGCCUCAAGUCGCGCACCAGCCGCCGGGAUGAAGAAAAGACCCAGGCCGAGGACGAAUCCGACACUGAAGUUGAAAGCGGUUUCGAUUUGGGCGAGUUCCUGAUGGGUGGCCACUUGGAGCGCCGGACCACGGCCGGCGAGCCCGCGAAGAAAAUCGGCGUCGUCUUUAAGAACUUGACUGUCAAGGGUGUGGAGACUGGUGCGUCCUUUGUGCGUACCUUGCCUCAUGCGGUCGUCGGCACCUUCGGUCCUGAUCUGUACAAUGUUAUCUGCCGGUUUGUGCCGCAAGCACGAUUUGGUAAGAAACCGCCCAUCCGCGAUUUGAUUCACGACUUUACGGGUGCGGUCCGGGAGGGUGAGAUGAUGCUCGUGCUAGGCCGUCCCGGUGCCGGAUGUACGACGUUCCUGAAAGCCAUUGCGAAUGACCGGGCUGCCUUUGCCGGAGUUGAGGGUGAAGUUAGCUAUGGUGGCCUGUCAGCCGAGGACCAGAACCGACACUUCCGUGGCGAAGUCAAUUACAACCCGGAGGACGACCAGCAUUUCCCGUCCCUCACGGUCUGGCAGACGCUGAAGUUCUCGCUCACGAACAAGACCCGCAAGCAUGAUCGGGAGAGCAUUCCCAUCAUCAUCGAUGCGCUCCUGAAGAUGUUCGGUAUCAGUCACACGAAGAACACUCUCGUUGGGAACGAGUAUGUGCGUGGUGUGUCUGGUGGCGAGCGCAAGCGAGUUAGUAUCGCAGAGACUCUGGCCACCAAGUCGACCGUGGUCUGCUGGGAUAACUCCACCCGGGGUCUGGAUGCUAGCACAGCCCUCGACUAUGCUAAAUCCCUGCGAAUUAUGACUGACGUGAGCAAGCGCACUACCCUAGUCACUUUGUACCAGGCCGGAGAGAGCAUCUACGAGCUGAUGGACAAAGUGAUGGUCAUUGACCAAGGCCGUAUGCUUUACCAGGGACCUGCAACUGAGGCCCGUCAGUACUUUAUUGAUCUUGGUUUCUACUGCUCGGAGCAAUCGACAACCGCGGACUUCCUCACUUCACUUUGUGACCCCAACGCACGCCAAUUCCAGCCUGGUCGCGAAGCGUCGACUCCCAAGACCGCUGAGGAGCUUGAACAAGUGUUCAAGAGCAGUCAGGCCUAUAAGCGUAUCUCAGAGGACGUCUUCAGCUACGAGAAGCGUCUUCAAGAUACCGAGCAGGAAGACACCCGCCGCUUUGAGACGAGUGUUGCCCAGUCCAAGAGUAAGACUGUCUCCAAGAAGUCGCCCUACACUGUCUCGCUCGUGCGCCAAGUUAUGGCCUGUGUCAAGCGCGAGUUCUGGCUACUUUGGGGUGAUAAGACGUCGCUAUACACCAAAUACUUCAUCAUCAUCUCUAACGGGUUGAUCGUCUCGUCUUUGUUCUACGGUGAAUCCCUGGAUACUAGCGGUGCUUUCUCGCGCAGCGGUGCCCUUUUCUUCUCGAUUCUUUUCCUUGGUUGGCUGCAAUUGACUGAGCUGAUGCCUGCUGUCACCGGCAGAGGCAUUGUCGCACGUCACAAGGACUAUGCCUUCUACCGCCCGUCUGCUGUCUCGAUCGCCCGUGUUGUUGUGGACUUCCCAUCUAUUUUCUGUAUGGUGGUUCCAUUUACAAUCAUUGUUUAUUUCAUGGCUGGCUUGGAUGUCACAGCUUCCAAGUUCUUCAUCUACUUCCUGUUUGUCUACACCACCACUUUCUGCAUUACGUCGAUGUACCGAAUGUUCGCCGCUCUCUCGCCGACGAUUGACGAUGCGGUGCGGUUUGCUGGAAUUGCACUCAACCUACUCAUUCUAUAUGUUGGUUAUGUGAUUCCCAAACAGACUCUGGUUCACGAUUCGAUCUGGUUCGGAUGGCUCUUCUAUGUCAACCCUAUUGCGUACAGCUAUGAAGCGGUCUUGGGCAAUGAGUUUGCUGACCGUGUCAUGGAGUGUGCGCCAUCCCAGCUUAUUCCUCAAGGACCCGAUGCCGUUACUGGAUACCAAGGAUGUGCCUUGACCGGCUCCUCCCUGGACCAGACAUCAGUCCCUGGCAGUCAGUAUUUGCAGGCAAACUUUGAGUUCACUCGACACCAUAUGUGGCGCAACUUCGGUGUGGUCAUUGCUUUCACUGUGUUGUAUAUCCUGCGGAAUUCCUUUCUUUCGUUGGCGGGGGCGGGGGGCGCUCUAGUCUUCAAGAAGUCCAAGCGCUCUAAGCAGGCCACUCAGCAGAAUGGAAAGGACAAUGAUGAGGAGAAGGUUACUGAUUCGACAGACAGCGCUGCUCUCGCUCGUGGUGAGGCGCCGUCUUCCUCUAACGAGGAUUUCGGCCGUCUUUCCUCCAGCGAGCGAUGCUUUACUUGGACUGACGUGGAGUACACUGUUCCUUAUGGCAACGGAACCCGCAAGCUUCUGAACAAUGUCAAUGGAUUUGCCAAGCCUGGUGUUAUGAUUGCUCUGAUGGGUGCAUCGGGAGCUGGUAAAACCACCCUGCUCAACACUCUUGCCCAGCGCCAGAAGAUGGGUGUUGUUAAGGGUGAUAUGCUUGUCGAUGGCCACCCUCUGGGGGCCGACUUCCAACGUGGUACCGGUUUCUGUGAACAGAUGGAUCUACAUGACAACACCUCUACCAUUCGCGAGGCUUUCGAAUUCUCUGCCAUUCUCCGCCAGGACCGUAGUACUCCACGACAGGAGAAGAUCGACUACGUGGAUCGCAUCAUUGACCUUUUGGAGCUGGAAGAUAUCCAGGAUGCCAUCAUUGGCUCUCUCAAUGUCGAGCAGAAGAAGCGAGUCACUAUUGGUGUGGAAUUGGCUGCAAAGCCUAGUCUCCUUUUGUUCCUUGACGAACCCACCAGUGGUCUUGACAGCCAAGCCGCAUUCUCGAUCGUUCGUUUCUUGAGGAAGUUGUCCCGGGCCGGCCAAGCGAUUGUCUGCACUAUCCACCAGCCUUCUUCCAUGCUAAUCCAGCAGUUCGAUAUGAUUCUGGCUCUGAACCCCGGUGGUAAUACCUUUUACUUUGGACCUGUUGGCAAUGACGGCGCUGCCGUGAUCAAAUACUUUGGCGACCGUGGUUUCGUUUGCCCACCCUCCAAGAACGUCGCUGAGUUUAUUCUCGAGACUGCCGCCAAGGCGACCCAGCGCAACGGAAAACAAAUUGACUGGAAUGAGGAGUGGCGCAACUCCAAUGAGAACCGCGAGAUGCUGGAGGAGAUUUCGCGGAUCAAGACCGAGCGUAGCAAGGUACCCAUUGAGGAGCACGGCGGCCCCCAGUACGAGUUCGCAGCUCCGACGCCUGUCCAGAUCGAGCUUCUCACGAGGCGACUCUUCCUACAGUACUGGCGUGACCCAUCCUACUACUACGGCAAGUUGUUCGUCAGCGUGAUCAUUGGUAUCUUCAACGGUUUCACUUUCUGGAUGCUCCCAAACACCGUCGCCUCCAUGCAGGACCGUAUGUUCUCUGUCUUCCUGAUUAUUCUGAUCCCGCCAAUCGUCUUGAACUCUGUUGUGCCCAAGUUCUACAUCAACCGCGCCCUCUGGGAAGCACGCGAGUACCCGAGUCGUAUCUAUGGCUGGGUGGCGUUCUGCACCGCCAAUGUUGUCUGCGAGAUCCCCGCCGCCAUUGUCACCGGCCUCGUCUACUGGCUGCUAUGGUACUACCCUGUCGGCCUGCCAACUGACUCGUCCUCCGCCGGCUACGUCUUCCUGAUGUCCAUGCUGUUCUUCCUGUUCCAGGCCUCGUGGGGCCAGUGGAUCUGCGCCUUCGCUCCCUCAUUCACCGUCAUUUCUAAUGUACUCCCUUUCUUCUUCGUCAUGGUCAACCUGUUCAACGGUAUUGUUCGUCCAUACGCCGAUUAUCCCGUCUUCUGGAAGUACUGGAUGUACUACGUCAACCCGGUGACUUGGUGGUUGCGCGGUGUGCUCUCGGCCAUCCUGCCCUCCGUGGAGAUCGAAUGCGCCUCCCAGGAAGCAACACACUUCAACCCACCUCCUGGUAAGACCUGUGCUGCGUACGCGGGCAGCUUCGUCUCGGAGAUCGCGAAGGCUGGCAAGCUCGUCAACCCCAAUGCUACCGAGAACUGCCAGUACUGCCCGUACAAGAAUGGCUCGGAGUACAUGCAGAACCUGAACGUGCAUGAUGGGGACAAGUGGCGUUGCUUCGGUAUCUUCUUGGCCUUUGUGAUCAUCAACUGGAUGCUUGUCUACUUCUUCAUUUACACUGUCCGUGUCCGUGGCUGGAGCUUCGGGCUCGGGUAUGUGUUUGGCCUGGGUGGUAUGUUGAUUGAGGGCGUCAAGGGCCUAUUCAAGGGCAAGGAGAAGAAGACCGAGCAGUAA